AUGAGUUUAAAAACAAAGGUAAAUCAAUUAUUUAUUGAAAAAUCCACUUAUUUAUAUCCUGAACAAGCAGUUGAUAUUGCCGAAUCAUUGAAUUCAUUAUCUAAUGAUCUUUAUACAGAUUCUGUACGAUUUGUCUAUGAAUUAUUACAAAAUGCUGAUGAUGCAUCAUCCAAUGAUUUAAAUAAUCCUACAAAAGUUAUAAUAGCCCUUAUAGAUGGUUAUUUAAUUGUAGCUCAUAAUGGAAUUCCAUUUAAUGCUAAAAAUUUAACGGCCAUAUGUUCUAUUAAUCGUGGAACAAAAAGAUCCGAAACUCAUAAAACAGGCUAUAAAGGUAUUGGAUUUAAAGCCGUCUUUGGUAAAUCCGAUUAUGUUUUAAUUUAUAGUAAUGGUGAAUAUUUUCGAUUUGAUUCAUCAUAUCAUUUUUUAUGGGAUAAAGAUAAAUGGAAAAUUGAUCAAGAUACAUGGAUAAAAGAUAAUGAACGUUCAUUUAUUUAUCCAUGGCAAAUUAUUCCUAUUUGGACUGAAAUAGAUGAUGUACCAUUAAAUAUACAAAAUUUUAUUAAAAAACAACAACAUUCAUGUAGAGUAGCAACAAUUAUGCGUCUCAAAAAUAUUUUAGAAACAGAACAAGGAAUAAUACAACUUCAACAUCAAACACAUAUGUUAUUAUUUCUAAGAAAUAUUAUUGAAAUACAAUUUUGUUUACAUAAUUCUAGUCAUCAUACAUUAACUAUAGAAAAAAAUUUAAAUAAUUUUACACGAAAAUUAUUUGUUAAUGGUCAAAUUCAAUCAAAGUGGAUUAUUAAACAAUUAGAAAUAAAUAUACCAAAUAAUGUAUAUCAAGAUUUAAAAAAUGAUUUAAAAAUACCUGAAAAAUUAAAAUCAUCUCAAAUAGCUGAAAUAUUUUUUGCUGCAAAAUUUAAUGAAAAUAAUAUUAUAAAAUUAAAUCGAUUUGAAAAUGUUCUUUAUUCUUAUAUACCAACAAAAAUAAGUCAAUAUAAAUUUUCUUUACUUGUUAAUGCAAAUUUUUUAACAAAUACAAGUCGUGAACAACUUCAUAUUGAUUCAGUUUGGAAUCAAUGGUUAUUUGAACAAAUACCCAUUGAAAUAUUUAAAUGGAUAGGUGAAUUAGAAAAAAGUGUAUGGUGUCAUCAAGCCUAUAUUUUAAUACCAACAAAAUUAGAAUUAACAAAUGAUUUAUUAGCUAAAAAAUAUAAUGAAAGUUGUAAUAAAGGAAUUAGAGAAAUAAAAUUUAUUCUUAAUAAUCGACAAGAUUCAGAUUUAUUAAAAAUGAAUGAAGCUAUUAUUGAUUUAACAGCAUUAUCUCAACAAACAUUUGUUGGUCAUGAUGCUAUUCGAACAUUUAUUUUAGAAAAUUCUCCUAAAACAAGUUCUCUUGCUUUACAUCCAUUUGUUCAACCAAGCAGUGAACUUAGAACUAUGGGUAUUAAAACAUUUGAUUGGAAUGAUUGUAUUAAACUAUUUCAAUCAUCUAAUUUUAGUCAUACUAUGUCAAUUGAAAAUAAUCAAAAAUUAAUUGUUUAUUUGUAUAAUAGAUCAAUAUCUGAAACGGAAACAACUAUAAAAGAACUUAUACAACGAAUACCAUUUAUAAUGGACCAAAAAAAAAGGUUGAAAAUACCUAAAAAUAUUAAUUUUCCGUUAUUUUAUGAUGAAAAUUGGUCAUGUACAAAAUGUCAAGAAA